AUGGCGAAGCACCCAAGGAUGAUCUUGUACCUUGACAAAGUCCAAGAGUUGUUGAAGGCGUUUCCUACCUUCACCAUCCAGCAAGUUCCCAGAGCAGAGAACGCGCACGCAGAUGCACUGGCAAGCUUAGGAUCGGCUCUGGAUACCCAGUUCGGACGCUCCAUCCCGGUCGAGCACCUUGACCAGCCUAGCAUAGAAGAGGCAGAGCAGCCGGACCUGAUGCAGAUCGAUGAGGAUCCUAGCUGGCAAGACCCAAUUAUUGACUACCUAGCGAAUGAAAACCUACCCAAGGACAAGUCCGAGGCCAGAAAAAUCAAGCAGAAGGCUGCAAGAUACUACAUGAAAGGCGACAUGCUUAUCCGCAGAUCAUACUACGGGCCUCAUCUCACUUGCAUCAAGUACCCACAAACGCUCGAGGUUCUCUACAAGAUACACGACGGCGAAUGUGGAAAUCACGCUGGGGGCAGAUCGCUUGCUCAGAAGGCUCUCAGCAUAGGCUAUUUCUGGCCUACCAUGAGCCAAGACUCCACGGAGUAUGCUCGAAGAUGUGAUCGAUGCCAACGCUACAAGCCGGUCCCUGGCCUGCCCGCUGAGGAAUACCAUCUGCAGAACAGUCCAUGGCCAUUCAUGCAGUGGGCCAUUGACUUGGUGGGACCUAUGCCAACUGCACCUGCCAAUAAAGAGAUGAUGAUCGUUGCCACUGAUUACUUCACCAAAUGGAUCGAGGCCGAGGCUUUAUCUUCUACCAAGGAGGCCGAUGUUGAACGGUUCAUCUGGAAGAACAUUAUUUGCAGAUUCGGUUGCCCGCAAUCGAUAGUCACCGACAAUGGUACACAGUUCGUGGGCAGGCAGAUCACCGCAUUCUUUGAUCAGUCGAUCUGGGGGCAGAGGAAGUUACACCCUUGA